AUGGCGAUGAUGAUGACCGGCCGUGUGCUGCUGGUGUGUGCCCUCUGCGUGCUGUGGUGCGUUGCCGGCGGUGUUUAUGCGAGGGACGUUGACACCAACGCACUGGGUGGCUGCAUGGCGUCGGGAGUGUUGGGUGAGAAUGGAUCCCACAUGCCUGACGGAUGUAAUAAAACGGCGAUUACGGUGCCUUUGCGGUCAGUACUGCCCAUUACUGCCGUCGAAGCCUCGGAUGGAGGAAAUGAUGCUCUUGUAAUGCAGAACAAUUCGAAUUCAAGUAAGACUUCCGACGCUGGUGCUUCUACUGCUGGUUCUUCUACUGGCUCUGCUGGUGGACCUGGUCCUGGUGGUGCUGGCGCUGCCGGGGCUCCUGGUGGUGGUUCUGCUGCUGGUGAAGGAGCCGGUUCUGCUGGUUCAUCUGCUCCUGCUGCUUCUCCUUCUGCUGUUUCUCCUGCUGUUACUGCUGGUCCUCCUGGUGUUGAUUCUUCAGCUGGCAGCAGUGGUGGUACGGCGGGAUCCUCAGGCACUAAUCCAUCUAACACAACGGGAGAAUCUUCAACAGGAAAUCAGACGCCUGCUGCAGCAGCGGCCCACAACUCCUCGCUACCCGAAGGACCGGCAGGAACGACAUCCGGUACUGAACACAAAGGACGGGAAGAAGAAGAGGAGGAAGAAGAAGAAAAGCAGCAGCAAAGUGAUGAAACACAAGUCCAACAACAACAGCAUGAACACCCCGCGGAAAGUGGCGAAGAAUCCGCGAAAGAUAAAAACGCCCUUCGUACAAAUGCCACCGCAAAUACAGGCGACAGUGACGGCAGCACCGCGGUCUCCCACGCCACCUCCCCUCUUUUGCCCCUUCUUCUUGUUGUUGCGUGUGCGGCUGCUGCUGCGGUGGUGGCCGCGUGA